AACAUUGUUUUAUUAUAUUGGCGACGAGUUAAAAGAAAUUAAGAUGAACGAUGAACAAUUCGCAUUAUUUUUACAUGCACAACAAAACCAGCAAGAGCAGAUUUUACAAAUCUUGAAAUUGUUGGUACCAGCAGCUUGCAAUACAACAGCCAAGAGCGUGACGAACGACUCUUUUACAAAACAUGAUACGGAUAACAAGAUAAGUAUAAUCAAACAUUUCAAUAUGGAUAAAUACAAUCCAGAUACAUUCAGAAUUGACGAUUACAUUGAUUUUUUCGAAAACAAAUGCAAAAUUCUUGAUAUCGAUAACAGCGACUUACAGAAAGAUUUGCUUCUGAAUUUACUAACACCAGAGAUAUUCCACGAAUUAAAAGUAGCUUUAACGCCUGAUUUCGAUAUAGCUACAUACAGCGAAAUUUGUAACAAAUUAUUAGACCUCUAUCGCAUAAAAACGACGAGGUAUAGAGCCUUAACAGAAUUUUGGAAUUGCACUAGAGAACAAAAUGAAACGAUGGAACACUAUGCAAACAGAUUAAAAGGUCUUAGUCGGGAUUGUGGCUACACUAAUGACUUCCUGGAACGACAAUUACGUGACCGCUUUGACACUGGAUUGAAUCAUCCAGAUUUAGAAACCGACUUGAAACAAAAAUGGCCUGAUUUAGUUCAAAUGGUAGACGGAAUACCACGAGAAGUAACCUUCCAACAAAUUUUUACAAUCUCUCAAUCAAGAGAACAGGCAGAACAAGACACACCACGAACAAGUAUUAAAAAAAAAAAUAGGAGCAAAACCAAAACCGUACCAUUACAUCAAAAUACAACACGAAAAUUAAAUCCAAUGCAUUGUUUACGCUGUGGAAAGAAAGAACGGCACAGCCUAUCACAGUGCUCAGCCAAGGACCAUAUGUGUAAAGAAUGUAACACGAAAGCACACUUUGAGAGUUGUUGCAUUAAGUCUGGACGGGCAUACAUCAGCUAUUCAGAAGGGAGCCGAAAAUCAAUUAAAAAAAUAACAAGACCUCAUAAGUCCUCAACAUCAUCAUCAUCAUCUAUCAGUAAUAACAAGGAAGAAAGCGAUGAUGAAGUUAUCUGCAGCGUCUUGGGUACACGUAAGAGAGAAUGCAAACAAAUAGAUGUACGCAUCAAUGACAUACCUUGCACUAUGGAUUGGGACCCCGGCUCUGCGUAUUCAAUAAUAAACACGACAUUAUGGAAAAAAUUAGGAUCACCAUCUUUACAACCCGCCCCGAAACUUAAGGCCUACGGUAACACAAACUUAAAAACAAAGGGAAUUACAAAAGUAACAGUCGAAGUCGACGGACUGCAAAAACUUCUACCUGUGGUCGUAAUGAAAAAUGCCAAACCAAUGUUAUUUGGUUUACAUUGGAGUGAAGUUUUUGAAAUGGAAUUUCCAAAACCAGUAUACUCCAUCAAAACAUCAACACCGAUGACUCUUAAACAAAUAUUGGAUAAACAUGUACAACUCUUUGAUGGAAAACUAGGAAAAGUUAACAAUUAUUACGUAAACAUACAUGUCAAACCAGAAGCUGAACCGAUCCACCUUCCUGCACGGCCUAUAAAAUUCAGCAUGAAAAAGAAUAUAGAAAGGGAGUUAGAUCGUCUGAUCUCAGAAGGGAUAGUGGAAAAAGUAGAUCCUAAUAUUACACCUAUUGAAUGGGCUACACCCACAGUUAACAUUCUGAAAUCUACAGGGGAAAUUAGGAUAUGUGGAGACUACAGAACUACACUUAAUCCAGUACUUAUUAAACAUCUACACCCAGUUCCGAUUUUCGAUCAACUACGCCAAAAUCUCGCAAACGAAUCAGAUUGAAUACCUAGGUCACAUAAUAGAUAAACAUGGCAUCCACCCAACCAAAUCUAAAAUUGAUGCCAUAACUAAGGCCCCAGCACCUAGUAAUGCAAAAGAACUACGAUCAUUUUUAGGACUAGUUAACUUUUACGAACGGUUUGUACCACAUCUUCACGGAAUUUGUUCGGAUCUUCAUGAUCUAACUAGUAAAAAAAAUAGAUGGCGUUGGACUGAUCAUGAAAACAGAAUAUUUGAAGAUACAAAGAAAUGCAUAGCUUCUUCACAACCAUUAAUUGCAUUUGACGAGAAACGUCCCCUUUAUUUAGCAUGUGACGCUUCCGAAAAGGGAUUGGGUGCAGUAUUAUUCCACAAGGACUCGAACAUAGAACAGCCAAUUGCUUUUGCUUCAAGGAAACUACGACCAGCGGAAAUGAAAUAUUCCAUUAUUGAUCGUGAAGCUUUAGCAAUAGUAUUUGGUAUAAAAAAAUUUGAUCAGUACUUGAGAGGAACGAAAUUUAAUCUAGUUACGGACCAUAAGCCUCUUAUACAUAUUAUGGGUGCACGCCGCAACCUUCCUAAACUAGCCAAUAACCGAUUGGUAAGAUGGGCCCUAGUAGUGGGAAGUUAUCAAUAUGACAUUUACUACAGGAAAGGUGAAAAUAACACAUUAGCUGAUUGCCUUUCUAGAUUACCAAACCCUGAAACUGAACCCUCCGAGACAGAAGGGCUUGUACAUAAAAUAGAUCUACGUCUUUUGAGCACUCGAUUGACUGACCUUAACCUAUCAGAACAGUUACUUAUGAAAACAACUGCAAAGGAUCAUAUACUCACAAAAGUUUGUCAAAAUUUAAAAACCGGCUGGAGAGAAUCAGAAUACAAUCCAGAAAUUAAACCAUUCUACAGAAACCGGACUGAAUUAUCUGUUGAGAAUAAGAUACUUAUGAGGCAAGGACGCAUCGUUAUACCUACAGCACUCCGAAAAGCCAUUCUUACAUACCUUCAUCGAGGACACCCUGGCAUUUCUGCUAUGAAAGCACUUUCACGUUACUAUGUUUGGUGGCCUAACCUUGACGAAGACAUAGAAUUAUUUGUCAAGAAAUGUACCAGAUGCCAACAGAACCGCCCUUGUAAUCCUGAACUUCCUGUAUUUUCCUGGUCCAUACCAGAAGAAGUAUGGGAGAGAAUCCAUAUCGACUUUGCUGGACCGUUCGAAGGAUCGUAUUGGUUGGUAUUGUGCGACGCUCUCUCCAAAUGG